GUGUGUUUGCACAAUUGUAGUUUUAGCUUUAGAACACGUCUUUAAAUUUUAUAAAAUGUUAAAAAAGUCUCGUGUAGUUUUGCAUUCAAAUUCAAGGUCAAAGUUCCUCUUCGUUUAUCAUUUUAUUAAUUUGACAACUACGACUAUUAUCAAAUUGAUUGACUCCACCGACUUCUAUUGCUACGAACAACAGCGGGUAAAUUACUCUUUUAAGUUUUGGUAUUGCGUGGUGCGCAAUCCACCGUUGGUUUAUAAUCGUAAUAAAAUUAUUAUCCAAUCAAUUUUGAAGAAGAGAAUAUUCAUUUUCGCCGGAGAUUGAUAAUUUGUAUGAACGUAAUUGGGUUCCGUUGGUUGGCGAGAAUGGCGGAAGAGAUCAGCAAAAACGACGUCGGAUUAACUUCCAAAACGAGACGCUUCUGGCCUUCUGCCCUCCGUUGGAUUCCCACUUCUACCGAUCACAUAAUCGCUGCCGAGAAGCGCCUUCUUUCCGUUGUUAAGACUCCGUAUGUUCAAGAGCAUGUUAAUAUUGGGUGUGGUCCUCCUGGGUCAAAAGUUAGAUGGUUCCGUUCAUCAAGCGACGAACCGCGGUUUAUUAACACUGUUACGUUUGACAGUAAAAAUGAUUCUCCUACGCUUGUAAUGGUUCAUGGAUAUGCUGCUUCCCAGGGUUUCUUUUUUCGCAAUUUUGAUGCUCUCGCCUCUCGUUUCAGAGUCAUUGUUGUUGAUCAACUUGGUUGGGGUGGAUCAAGCAGGCCUGAUUUUACUUGUAGAAGUACUGAAGAAACUGAGGCCUGGUUUAUUGAUUCUUUUGAGGAAUGGAGAAAAGCCAAAAACCUUAGCAAUUUUAUACUACUUGGUCAUUCUUUUGGUGGCUAUGUUGCUGCCAAAUAUGCGCUCAAGCACCCUGAGCACGUACAGCACUUGAUUUUGGUGGGAUCCGCUGGUUUUUCAUCAGAAUCAGAUGCAAAGUCUGAGAGGAUUACAAAGUUUCGAGCAACAUGGAAAGGAGCGGUUCUGAACCAUCUAUGGGAAUCUAAUUUUACACCUCAAAAACUCGUCAGAGGUUUAGGUCCUUGGGGUCCUAAUGUAGUCCGCAAGUAUACAAGUGCUAGGUUUGGUACUCAUUCAACUGGCGAAAUACUGACUGAAGUGGAAUCAAGUUUGCUGACAGAUUAUGUAUACCAUACAUUAGCGGCCAAAGCUAGUGGGGAGCUGUGCUUAAAAUAUAUAUUUUCAUUUGGAGCAUUUACUAGGAUGCCCCUUCUUCUCAGUGCCUCAGAGUGGAAGGUGCCCACCACUUUCAUAUAUGGUUUCCAAGACUGGAUGAAUUAUGAAGGGGCCCAAGAAGCUCGCAAGCACAUGAAGGUUCCUAGUGAGAUCAUCAGGGUCCCUCAGUUACUUGUUGCAGGGGGGUCACUUUGUGUUCAUUGACAACCCUGCUGGCUUCCAUUCAGCUGUGUUUUAUGCUUGUCGAAGGUUUCUUACCCCUGAUCCAGACAAGGAAUCUCUUCCUGAAGGGCUAACCUCUGCGUAGUGUAUAUAAUUUUGUGCCAAUUCUGUAUAUUUUUUUUGCUAAUUAAAUUUCAUAAUUUAAUGAAGCUUCAGUAAAGUGGAAUUUACUGAAAAUAUUUGUAAAGAAGUUCCAACCGAAACGAUUUGUAAGAGAUAUUUCAUGACUGAAACAUGUUACGAUUACAGCUUGUUGCGCAUGUGAUAAAUGUAUCCUGUGAAGGCAA